AUGAGUGCUCUCUCUUCUUUUUGCUCUCAUUUUUGCCCACCACAAAUUGAGAUAACGAAGUUACAUGAAUUCGCUCAGGCUGCUUUUAAUGGAUAUAAGUCUCUGAACCUUAUUCAGAUCCACAUAUUUCACACUGCUUAUUACACUAAUGAAAAUAUACUAGUUUGUGCUCCAACAGGAGCUGGCAAAACAAACAUAGCUGUGAUUUCUAUUCUACAUGAGGUAGAGUCUACACAGACAAUGAUACGCAUUGUGGGCCUUUCAGCCACUUUACCGAACUAUUUAGAGUAUAGCCGUGCGGCUAUACUCGGUUUUUAA